CCUUGUACUGUACAAGUAAUGCCGCUGACGCUUGUUUGCAGCGUUCUUGUCGCGUUGCGUCGCAUCAACAAAGUGUUUGAUUGGUCCACUGUGUGAGACGUCAUGACUCCAACCACAAACGUGAAAGACGCGUCGCGCGCAUACUAAUCGAUACAGUAGGCAGCUUCAUUGACUGUAUAGCUGUUUGUCGCGUCGCGUAGCUAGCAAUGUAGAUGAGCGCAAAGGGUUAACUGUGAUGUCAGCUGUCGAGGCAGGGGCUGCUACUCACCGCAAACCGGUUCCACACUGCUUUAAAUACAACACCAGCACAGACAGUCAGUGAACAGAUAGUGUGUCAAACGCUGGAGACAAAAUACAUGAGCGAAGAGCAGCGAACAUCAACCGGAUUCAGCAGCGUCCGAGGAUCCACAAGUACUUUUGAAUGGCUGUGACAUCCUAACGCCUCUGCCGCAUCCCACAGUCAGACCAUGAAUUACGUGGGUCAGCUAGCCGGUCAGGUUUUUGUGCAGGUGAAGGAGCUGUACAGAGGCCUUAACCCUGCCACCCUGUCCGGCUGUAUCGAUGUUAUUGUGGUGCGUCAGCCCGACGGAACUCUGCAGUGUUCACCUUUUCACGUCCGUUUCGGCAAGAUGGGAGUGCUGCGCUCCCGGGAGAAAGUGGUUGACAUUGAGAUAAAUGGGGAGCCGGUCAGUUUACACAUGAAACUAGGUGAAAAUGGAGAGGCAUUCUUUGUCAAAGAAACAGAAAAUGAUGAGGAGAUGGUGCCGUCCCACUUGGCUACAUCGCCCAUAAUUUCAGAGGGCUCUGCCCUAAUGCAGGCCCAAGUUGGAAAAGGUAUGUCCCGUCUGUCUGAGUCUGGAAGCGGAACAUCCAUUCAAACCCUGGGCCCCAUGCAGGCCCCUGGUGACAGUUCAGUAAUGAAGAAGAGAAGGAAGAGGAGGAGAAAAUCUCAAGUAGACAGCAUGAAGCGAGAAGACAACAGAGACUUUUCUGAAGACGAGGACAUGUUUGCCAUUGAUAUGAGUUCUGAUGAAGAUACAGAGGCUACAGUAAGCAGAGCCAUGUCACAUGUGCUAUUUGCUGAGCAGGUGAAAGGAACUAGCAGCACAUACACACAGUCUGAAGGGAACUGGACUGGUUUUCAAAGCAAAGGGUUGGGGAAGACCUGCUCUUUACCCAUUCCCACCAGUUCAGGAUUAUCCAUUUCCUGCCCUCAACAAACAGCCAUGUUUCAGUCCACACACAGCAGCCCAAAUGGCUCCUUGCCAUCCACACCCAAGAGUGACUCCGAAUUGCUGACCAGUCAGAGGAGAGAAGGGAAACCGGACAACCCUGAGAUGCUUUGGACGUGGGGAGAGCUGCCUCAUGCUGCAAAGCCAUCAUUCCUGCAGCCCAUUUCGGAGCCUAUGGUGGUGACCCCAAGAUCAAUCCCACCAUCUGAAAGCAGACACUUCAGAGCCAUCACUGGAGAUGGGAUGGUGGAGUCUCAGGGCAGUGAUGUGUAUGUGCCUGAUCUCAGGGUUGAAGAGGCAGCAUCUGCCGCUGCUGUAGAUGUGGAGGCCAUCAGUGCUGCAACACAUCUCAUCACAGACCUAGAAGAGGGGCGGCACAGUCCUGGAGCUCAUGCCAUUAGCAAGACAGACUCUCCAUCCAAGAAAAAAGACAAAAGGAGCCGGCACCUGGGAUCAGAUGGUGUAUAUCUGGAUGACAUCACAGAGUUGGAGCCUGAGGUGGCAGCCUUGUACUUUCCAAAGAGUGAGGGAGCAACUUCUGUGAGGGGUGAGGCAGAUCCAAGAAGUGCCAAUCAGUCCCCUCAAUCAGUGGGCAGCAGUGGAAUGGACAGUGGGGUGGACAGCUUUUCUGACCAGUUAGGAGACUUGCCUCAUAUUGCCAUCUCUCUCUGUGGAGGACUGUCAGAAAACAGAGAGAUCACUAGAGAGGAAUUCGAGGAACGAGCAAUAUCUUAUCAGGAGUUUGCAGAUAAUCCAUCUAUCAUUGAUGAUCCCAACCUGGUCGUAAAGAUUGGCACUAAGUAUUAUAACUGGACCACAGCCGCUCCUAUUGUACUAGCCAUGCAGGUUUUCCAGAAGCCCUUGCCAAAGGCCACAGUGGAGAACAUCAUGAAUGAGAAGAUGCCCAAGAAAGGAGGACGCUGGUGGUUUUCAUGGAGGGGAAGAAACAACAGCUCCAAAUCAGAAUCAGCAUCUGACCAGAUUGAAGGUGGAGAGGAUUCUAUAAGAACAGCAUCUGUGAGCAGAUUAAAGGAUGAAUCAUCAUCCAGUGAAGAUGACAGUGAAGGUGCUAAACAGAAUCCUGUGAGCAAUCAGCCUGAAGUUCUCCACAGCACUGGAGGCCACUGCUACAGGAAGACUCUUCGUUUGUCCUCAGAAGAACUAGCCAGUCUGCACUUAAAAGAUGGCCCCAAUGAUGUGGUCUUCAGCGUCACCACCCAGUACCAGGGCACUUGCCGCUGUGAGGGCACCAUUUAUCUGUGGACCUGGGAUGACAAGAUAGUGAUUUCAGAUAUUGAUGGCACCAUCACAAGGUCUGACACCCUGGGACACAUUUUACCCACUCUGGGUAAAGACUGGACCCAUCAGGGCAUUGCCCGUCUCUACCACAGAGUCAGCCAGAACGGCUACAAGUUUAUGUAUUGUUCAGCUCGGGCGAUUGGCAUGGCUGAUAUGACCCGGGGUUACUUGCACUGGGUUAAUGAAAGAGGCACCAUGCUACCCAUGGGACCUGUGCUGCUUAGUCCCAGUAGUCUGUUCUCUGCAUUUCACAGGGAGGUCAUUGAGAAGAAGCCAGAAAAGUUUAAAAUUGAAUGUCUGACCGACAUUAAAAACCUGUUCUAUCCAAACACAGAACCCUUCUAUGCUGCUUUUGGAAACAGAGCAACAGAUGUUUAUUCAUAUAAAGAGGUUGGAGUGCCUUUGAACAGAAUAUUCACUGUGAAUCCUAAGGGAGAGCUCAUCCAAGAACAUGCAAAGACCAACAUAUCAUCUUAUGAACGUCUGUGUGAGGUCGUGGAUCAUGUCUUCCCUCUUCUGAUAAGAGGGAACACCACCGACUUCCCUUGUUCAGACACCUUCAGCCAGUUCACCUUCUGGAGAGAGCAGUUACCAGAGGUAGACAAGCAGGAUCAACAUGCCGAGAGCAGCUGAAAGGACAUACUGAAAAAAAA